AUGUUUCUCCGUGUGUUAGAGGAUUAUUUCUUGUAUUUCGCCUCUCACAUCCCUAUCACCUUAUGCAUUGACCUCCAGGCCCUGCUGCCUGCACAGGUGUACCCACAGUGGCUGAAGGAUCUUGUGCAGUGGUACGCAGGUGCGUUCAGGGACCCCAUGGUUGUGGCCCCUCCAGCCUGGUUCGGCUCCUUCAUUGUGUGUGAGGCUCUGCUGCAGCUGCCGUUUCCUGUUGCUGCCUAUGCUUUCUGGAAAGGAGGCUGCAGGUGGAUCAGGACUCCUGCGAUUGUUUACUCCACACAUGUGGCCACCACAUUGGUUCCGAUCCUGGCCCACAUCCUCUUCUAUUCGUUCCCUUCAGAACCACACCUGGGACCCCAGACCAUGCAGGAGCGCUGGUUUCUGGUCUCCAUAUAUGCACCAUACCUAAUUAUACCUGUGAUGCUGCUCCUCACCAUGCUGCUGUCCUCCACAUACAACCACACCUCCACAUCUGGAAACACAUCAGUCAAAGCCAAGAAGAACUGAAACAGCCUUCAGUUCACUAAGAUUUUAGAUUAUAUUCUAUUUUUCUGAUAGCACUUGUUGUAUUAGAUUGUCUGAGUGGGUUUUAAUUUUCCUGAGAGAUAUUUUCACGCAUAAAAUGUUCACAUG